AUGUCGUUCGCCAGCGGGCUGUCAGACCCUGCAGUAGCGUAUCGGGGCAAUGUGAUCGUGUACUUGAGCUUUGCGACUUGCAGUUUACUGGUCGCAGCUCGUAUUACGAACGUCCGGAUUGCGUUGAUGUUGGGCUCAGCGGGAUACGUUUGCUACGCGGCCGCGCUUUACAAUCGGGAGGCGCGUGUACUCAACUCGUCUUUGGAGAUUUACUAUAGGGCCUGUGCUGCGUUGGGGAUCUCGACUGGAUUUCUGUGGAUGGCCCAAGGACGCAUGGUCAUGAGUUACGCUACGUCGGAGAACCAAGGCUCGUACUUGAGCACAUUCUGGAUCAUCUUUAAUCUAGGCGCCGCCUCGGGAGGAUUCAUCAGCUUAGGUCUGCAUUUCUCGGAUACGCGUGGGAUGCCGGCGGAGCAUGCGUCAGGGCUGAUGUAUGCUGUAUUCGUCGGGAUGAUAGCGCAGACGUUCUACUCGUAUUUUUUGGGAUUGUUGACUCUAGGCAAGUCGUUCGAGAGGAUGGUACCACCCCCGCCGAUAGCUUCGAAGUGGGUAAAUCCAGGGAGACGUGGUGGGCGCAGUUAA